AUGGUACCAAUUAGCAUUAUUCCACCAUCUUCUACUUCCACUACUGAUUUAAAUCAGCUGGAUCAAUCCUUUAUGUAUACACAAUUACUUAAAAAGAAUCUCCUGGAUAUGCAAUAUAAUGAUACAGCCAAGCAUGAAUUCGCCGACUACUAUCGUACUCACUAUGCAAAGAGCGACAACGAGUUGAAGAAGUUGCAAAAAUUUGAACAACAAUAUGAUCCAUCAAAAGUCAUUUGGUGGUAUCCCAAGGAAAAUUUUAUUUAUCAGCUGCUUAAUGACGCACUGAGAACCCAAAACACCGAGAUUAUUGAAGCGAGUAAUUGUAAUCCUUUCCAUGUUUAUCGAGGGCAAGGUAUGUCGUAUCUAGAAUUUGAAAAGGUGAAGAACAAUGAAGGUGGUCUUCUAUCAUUCAACAAUUUCUUAUCCACCAGUAUUUUUUCUACAGUGUCUAUUGCAUUCGCGGAAAGUGCUCUAGGGAAUCCUGAUCAAGUAGGGAUUUUAUUUCAAAUAAAUAUCGAUCCAUCAAUUUCCAUGACUCCAUUCGCUUCCCUAGAUAACGAGAGUUAUUUCAACGACGAAAAAGAGAUUCUCUUCUCCAUGCAUACCAUUUUCCGAAUAGGUGACACCGAACCAAUUAAAGAUCGAUUAUGGACGGUCAAUCUCACGUUGACAAGUGACAACGAUCAAGAAUUGACACAACUUACCGAAUAUCUUCGAAAGAAUAUUGAAGGAUCAACAUCUUUAUAUCGGAUUUGUUCGCUGACGACUAUGAUGGCUGAGUGGCAGACAGCAGAAGUCAUUAAUAAAGCCCUAUUUAAAACAGCACCCAACGAUAAUGUGGAACAGGUUACUUUUCUCAAUACUAACCUUGGGCAAAUCAAUUUUCUGAAACAAAAGUCUCUUCCAUCUAAUCAUCCAUCUCUGGCUACUACUUAUAAUAACAUUGCUUCCGUACAUUUUUCAAUGGCACAGUAUUCAAAGGCACAAUCAUCAUUCGAGAUGGCUCGUGAAAUUCAGCAAAAGUCUCUUCCACCCAAUCAUCCAUCUCUGGCUAAUACUUACAACAAUAUUGGUCUGAUGCAUAAAUCCAUGGGAGAGUAUUCGCAAGCAAAAUCACUCUAUGAGAAAGCGCUUGAAAUUCAGCAGACAUCUCUUCCAUCUAAUCAUCCAUCUCUGGCUACUACUUAG